AUGUCGAAUCCAGUAAAGCAUAAGCAGGCACGGAGACGACUUCGACAGCUUGGAAAAACCUUGUCAGGCACAACAACCGGUUGGUCCGACUCGGAAGAAGAUGAGCUUCUUCAAGAAGUCGGGAUCAAGUCCGUUCGUAUUGGCGACGUCGUCAUGCCAGUGACUCCUCCGACACACCCGGAAUUGGUACCGGAACAUACACAACCUUUUUAUGAAGGGUCGCAGUUGCAUCAAGAUAUCUUUCUAAUAGGUCCGCCAGGACCCUUGCGUCGAGAUUUAGUCAUGAAAUAUGCAGAAAUGACUCAACGCGAGAUCGAGUAUGUCGCUUUAUCCAAAGAUGUGACUGAUGCUGACCUCAAGCAACGACGUGAAUUGCGCAAUGGGACUUCGUUUUAUGUGGAUCAGGCAGCUGUAAGAGCAGCCAUUCACGGUCGUAUCCUUGUACUAGAUGGCAUUGAGAAAGCCGAACGUAACGUGCUGCCUAUUUUAAACAACCUGUUGGAGAACCGCGAAAUGUCACUGGAUGAUGGUCGCUUUUUGACCUCCAAGGAUAUCAAGGAUACGCAGCUCACCAAGUUUGAAAAAGUGAGCGACCGAUUUCUCGUAUUUGCUUUGGGUCUACCUGUACCUCCUUAUGUCGGUUAUCCACUUGAUCCUCCGUUACGUUCUCGGUUCCAAAGUCGAGAUAUCAAAGCGCCUGGAUUCCAAAGCCAAGUGGAUCAGAUGCUUGUACUGACGAACAACACCGUACCGAGAUCAUUGAUUGAACGACUGGUCUCGGUGAGCUUACUGCUGGGCGUCAACGUAGAUAAAGUCGCCGCUCGUGACAUCGAUGUACCUGAGUUUCCCAUGACCAUUGAGAGUCUAUCCAGCUUGCUGGUGCUCUUGCAUCAUCUCCAUCCUCGUUUCUGUUUAGACCUAUUGUAUCCUUACCCUCUUCUGCCUACUUGUACGCUUGAACAAUUGAGCGUCAUUGAAGCAGCUUAUCGACGUUUUGGUAUUAAAACCGAAGUGGUGACCGCCGAUCAAGAAGCUCGCCAGACCUUCUCUGGUUACCGACUCGCCGAUAUUGCACGUACAGGAUAUGGUGAAGUAUCCGUCGACGGCUACCAUCGAGUUCACAAGGCCAUUGCCACAUUUUCACAUGAUCUUCAAUCACCCCAAGGUGUGCCGGUGUAUACUGGUCCCAACGAAUUCAGUCCCGCCGAAUUCUUUGUUGAAACACCGUAUCACAAGGAAAUCUUUUCGUCCAUGGUCUUGAUUCAUGCUGGUGGUCAUGAUAUUUGCCUUUUAGGUACUCAAAAAGGCGUGGGCAAAUCGGCUCUGGUUCGACAUUUUGCCAGAAACCUGGGCUAUACUCUCGACUAUAUUCCAUUGUACCGUGAUAUGUCGUCCAGAGACUUGUUACAACGUCGUUCAACUUCGCCUACCGGCGACACUGUCUGGGAGAAUUCACUUUUGGUGGAAGCAGCCAUUCACGGCAACAUUGCUGUACUCGACGGGAUCGAUGCUUUAUCGUAUGGUACACUCAAUACGUUGCAACGGUUGAUGUCUGAUCGUGAGACGCAACUACCGGAUGGCACGCGUUUGAUCAAUGCUCGCCGAUAUGCGAAAUUGCAAAAACGAUCCAAACUUAGUGCAGAAGAACUUGAACAAAAACGACUCGUACCAAUCCAUCCAUCUUUCCGAAUUAUUGCUUUGGCCCGAGCUGGUAACAGUAACGGUCAAUCCGAUGGUCGAAGUGCAGCUUGGCUCACCGCGGAAAUUCUGUCCAUGUUCCAUUUCAUUGUCGUCGAUUCUUUGCCGUCCAAGGAAGAGCAAGAGGUGCUAGAGUGUCUGUCUCCUGGUGUGGAUGAAGCAUUGUUAAGACAGCUUCUGACAUUUGCUCGCGGACUGCGUCAGAACAAAGAUGAAACGGUUCGUGUUUUGUCCAGUGCUCUGUCCACUCGUCAGUUGAUCCGUAUUUGCCGUCGUCUUGCCUACUUCAAGAAUGAAAGUCUUUACAAGGCUAUUCAUAAAGCGGCGCUGUCCCGUUUCAUGCCUGCCAUGGUCAGACAAGCGCUGGAUGAACUGAUGAUAGCAAAUGGCAUUUAUCCUGCCAAAGUAGAUAAAGAUUUUGAAAAUCUCCGCAUAGAAGUUUUUCCUUCCAGAGAGAACCCUCAAGAAAUCCGCAUCGGGGAUGUGGUCGAGCCGGUCUUCAAGGGUGCCGACCCCAUGAUGGUUCCCAAUGUGGUGUUCCAUGAAAAUCCCGCUCAUACCGAAAUUCUCAGAGAGAUGCUAAAGGACUAUCAGCUCGGCGACCACCUUCUUCUUAUUGGUAACCAAGGUGUCGGCAAGAACAAGUUGGCCGAUUACUUCUUGCAGUUGCUGCAGUUACCUCGUGAAUAUAUCCAAUUGCAUCGUGAUAGUACGGUGCAAAGCUUGACCACCACCCCGGCUAUUCGAGAGGGUGUUUUGGUGUUUGAAGAUAGCGCUCUGAUCAAGGCAGUUCGUGAUGGUACCAUUCUUGUCGUGGAUGAAGCCGAUAAGGCACCCACUUAUGUGACGGCCGUGCUAAAGAGCUUGAUCGAAGACGGUCAAAUGGUGCUCGGCGAUGGUCGUCGUAUUGUUUCAAAAGAGUCGGACAUGCAAGAGGGUGGGCAAUAUAUUGUCGUUCAUCCAAAUUUCCGCAUGAUUGUUUUGGCUAACCGACCUGGUUAUCCUUUCCUCGGUAACGAUUUCUAUCGUGAAAUUGGCGACGUUUUCAGCUGUCAUGCAGUUGACAAUCCAGAUAUGGCGUCCGAGUUGUAUCUUUUGAGAAAAUAUGGGCCUAAUGUACCUGAGGAUCUCCUGGAAAAGUUAUCAGCUGCUUUUACAGAUUUGCGCAAGCUUACCGACGAAGGGCAAUUUAGCUUGAUAUCCUACCCUUACUCCACCCGCGAAUUGGUGAACAUUGUUCUGCAUUUGCAGAACUAUCCGGGAGAAGGCAUUUCCAAGAUUCUGCAGAAUGUCUUUGACUUUGAUCAGUACGACAAAGCGUCCAAGGAACUUCUCAUCGAGGUCUUUGAGAAGCACGGAAUUCCCAUCGGCUUGGACUCGGAAUUCAGUAUGAAUCUUGGUACCAUUGUCGAACUUGGACAGCCUGUCUUAACCCAACGUUGGUCUCGCGUGAGCCAUUCCAAGCUGUUACGAUGCAAAGUCGAGGUUGAACACAUCGCUGUUCGGGGCGGUUGGGAUCUUGACCUCAGCAACGAGUGGAAAAAACUCGAUCGUAAGGAAGGAAGAUCGACGGUAUUCUCGGAAGAAUUGUAUCAUUUCGACAUUCCUACUCGUGGAGAAGCUUUGGACAUUGCCGCAAUGGAUGACGGAACUCUAUUUGCUAUUACUACCAACCCUGUAACGCUUCAUCGAGUGGAUCCUCGACAUCAAUCCGUUCAAAGUUUGGACCUUUACGAAUAUUUUCCGUUGCAAAGAGCUCCUCCUAGACUUCGUAUUGCUACGAUUCGUUCCGCUGGUCGCGUCAAGUAUCUUGCACUGCAUAAUCCCGGAAACAACGAAUUACUGUGCUGCGAUUUUGAAAAGAACACAGUGGCUUCGGUUGUGAUCCGAGGUUUGGAACCGGUAAAAUCCAUCAUGUGCAGUCAAUUGGGCUCCAGUGGUGUGCUUGUGUUUUAUCAAGAAGAUCAUGCCAAUAUCGCAGUUCUAGAUUUUAACACUUCAAAGCAGUAUACCAUUACUCUUCCUACUCGAAUUAGCCAACUAUUUGUGACAGAGCACCAUCUGUGGUUGGCUCGCGGUAGCCGCGAUGGAAACCUUUACAUGCUUUAUCCGGAUCCUGAGUCUCCCAACGACGGCAUUCCUACCGUACUUGAAAAUAUUGAAGUGCUGGGUCAAAAUGGCCAGGAAAUUGAUACUUUUGAGCGCAUCUUUGGUCAGGAAUAUGGCCCUGGCCUCAAGUUUGCUCAGAAUAGCCGACCAGAAAAUGUUUGCUCCAUGGUUCACGGGUAUUCGCAUCAAAACUUGUUGCAAGACAAAUCAACCGUGGACGUAUUCUCUUACAUCGAUGGGGCUCGUGCCAAUAAAGAAUACCCACAAAAGGUGAAGGGAGCAGCAUGCUAUUUACGAGGAACCAAUCAAUUGGUGCUCAUUCCUCCACCCACGGAUGGCCGCGCCGAAACAACGCUGGAUAUCGUCAAUCCAAUGUCUCAUCAGAUCUGGCGUAUCCGAAUGCCCCUUGCCCUAUCAAACAGGGCUGACUCCGAUGUUCCAAUGACGAGUUUUGCUCAAUUCCAGGUGGAGCGUGAUGUCGCCAGUAUGUGUGAGCUGAGCAAUGGACGACUUGUGACGAUGGAUAAUGCAGGUACCGUGAGAGUUUGGCAAGUCAAUCCCGCGGAACUUCAUAAAUCGGCCCAAGUGUGGACCCAAAUGGUCGGAGUGGAUGAAAAGGUGUUGUCGGUAAUCUACGAAACGGAUCAAGACACACUCCCUGGUUCGUCCAACGAGGAUGAUGAUGUGAACAGUGGCGCUGCAUGCAAUGGUGGUGACGGUCAUGGCUCCGGCGGAUCGGCUGGCACCGGUGAAGGAGGGGAAGCAAGCGAAGGCAGCGGUAAAGGUGAUGGCGACAGUGGUGCCGGAGGCGGAGGCGGAGGCACCAACGGAAGUGGAGGUCGAAUGAAUGAAGACGGUCGUGAAGAAACGACUUUUGAAGAUAUUGAGAACCUAAAGCUCAAAACGGCAGACGAUCAACCGCAGGCGGUUAGUGAAGCUCAAAAAGAAAUGCAUGAUCAUGCCAUGGAAAAGCUCCUGGGAAAGAUUCAAAUGACGCAAGGCGACUAUCAGGUUUUCCAAACAUACAUGGAUAAUGUUCGCCGAGAGGUGCGAGAGUUGCGCGUUAUUCUUGAAGGUGUUGAAGCCAAAAAUAAGGAGCGCGUGUGGCUGAAGAACCAAGCUUCAGGCGAUUUGGACGAUACCAAAAUUAUUGAGGGCUUGACUGGUGAACGAGCUAUUUAUAAAAAACGAGGCGAGGAUGAUCCCGAGGUUGGUUUAUUCCAAGAUAAACCCAAACGAAUGGUAUUUGUAUUUGAUCUUUCUGCAAGCAUGUUCCGCUUUAAUACGCACGAUCGACGUCUGGAACGUUCGAUGGAAGUGGCACUCAUGUUGAUGGAGGCUUUCCGAGGGUUUGAAGAGAAAUUCGCGUAUAAAAUUGUUGGCCACAGUGGCGAUGGGGCCAAUAUCGAAUUCGUGAAACCCGGCAAUUAUCCAAAGACGGAAAAAGAUGAAUUUGACAUUAUCAGUAAAAUGAAAGCUCAUUCUCAAUACUGUCUCAGUGGAGAUAACACACUUGGUGCCGCCUCUUAUGCGGUUAAAGAAAUUGUAAAUGAAGAAGGCGACGAUUACUUUGUGGUUGUCCUUUCAGAUGCCAAUAUUGCUCAGUACAAUAUUCAGCCAAACGAUAUUGCCCGAAUCCUCAAAUCGGAUGAUCGUGUUACUGCCCAGAUGAUUUUCAUAGGCUCAAUCCAGAAUCAAGCAGAGCAAUUGAAGAAAGCACUUGGUAGCCAUGCACAUAUUUGUGUUGAAAACAGCCAACUGCCAAAGAUCAUGAAAUCAUUAUUCUUGUCCUCCAUGAUCAAAUCCUAA